GGUCUUUUUUCCUCUGCCGUGCUGUUAGGGCGGUUGGCCUGCUCUCUGUCUCGGGAAGAUUUAACACCUAAGCAGCAAAAUGAUCAUCUACAAGUGCCUCAUCAGCAACGAUGAGAUGUUCUCCGACACCUUCAAAGUUAAAGAGUCAGAAAGUGGCAUUUUCUACGAAGUUGAAGGCAAGACCGUCACCAGGACAGAAGGGUUUGAUGACGCUUUAAUAUCGGCCAAUGCCUCUGCCGAAGAAGCCAUCGAGUCCAACGAGUCGGCCUCGGUCUCCGGAGUGGACAUCAUCCUCAACCACAAGCUGCAGGAGACGGGCUUUGACAAGAAGCAGUACAUAGCUUACGUCAAAGACUACGUUAAAGCCAUCAAGGCCAAGCUGCAAGAGACCAACCCCAACAGAGUGGACAGCUUCAUGACUGAAGUCCAACCAGAAGUUAAGAGGAUCAUUGGAAACAUCAAGAACUACCAGUUUUUCACAGGAGAGUCCAUGAACCCUGAGGGCAUGGUGGGUCUGCUGGACUACCGUGAGGAUGGCAUCACACCAUACAUGCUUUUCUUCAAGGACGGUCUGCUGGUUGAGAAAUGUUAACUUGGAUCAACAUCUGCUGUUCAUUUGACUGCUGCUUCCCAAAACAACCCUGAGGGAGACCUGCUCUGCAUCAUGUCUGAACGAAUACUGUCCUGUCCACACUGUGGCCUGUUACACAACUGAGGAAACUGUCAUUUGGUCACUCAAUAGUUUUUAACUUUUUUUUUCGUCUUUUGCCGUUUUGUUUUUUCUUUUGGGCCAGUCAGUGUUCAUAAUGAAAACGAAAAGGCAGGACGGGAAUCGAACCUGUGACUCCGGCUGCUGCAAAGUAUUUUUUUUUGCGUUUGCAUACCAUUUUAGCAACACAAAUUAUACAGUUGAACAUCCCCAACCACCUUCAUGCUCGGGUUCAUGGUUGCAAUAAAUGAGUCCAUCUCCAGUGCAAAGACUUUUGGUUCAAUUUGAAAAUAAAGUGUCUACUUUAAA